AUGGUAAUCCAUGAAGACGCCAAUAUUGAAAACAAAGAAAGUGAGAUAAAGCAAGUUGAAGAGUAUUCUUUGCCACAAAAUGUACAAAGUCUAGAUGCUGAACAGACAUUGAACAUAGAAAAAUCUCCAGACACUAUUUUUAUAUCUAAUAAUAAUGAAGUUGGUGAAAUACAGCAAUAUGUUGAAGAGAAUUCUUGGCCCCUGAAUGAAGUACAUAAUCGAAGUGUAGAGCAGGCAUUAAAUAUGGAAAGUUGUACAGACGAUAGGUUCGUAGCCAGCCAGCAUGAGCCAGCAAAUGAAGCUUCUAAUCUAAAAAAAGAGCUUUGCAGAGAAUGUAAUGACUCGCUAUUUUUUUAUAAGAGACUCCUUAAUGUUUAUAAUUGUACCGUAUAUUACAUCGUUAAUAAACCUGGACAUUGUUAUUUAUGGGACGAAACUUUGGGUGGAAAAGGAUGUGACGAGAAGGAGAGUGAAGUGUGGAAUGAUAUCAAGAAAAUAUUUAUGCAAGCUACUAAUCCUUUUGCUAUUUAUUACUUGGACACUUAUCAACCUGACAGUACAAUGAAAUGCUUCAAUGUUCGGCAUAAAAUGCGGGGCAAGCCUAACAACGAAACAUUAGUUUUGACAAAUAAAUAUCGCACUCAUCCUGGAAUAUCAAAUCUUAAAAAGAAAGAUUUGAUUUCAUUAUGUGAUGGUAAAGUAAUACCAAGCGUUUAUUGGGAUUAUUAUAAAACAUUGCCAGCUUCCUCAGAUAGAGCUGACGAUGACUAA